UCAGUAUCUUACACCGUUUAGUACGUAGAGUGUACAAUAGUCCAACAAUUUCAUGUAAACAAGUCAGUGCACAUUGUACACGACAAGUGAAAACAAAAUGUCGACAGAUGAAAAGAAACCGGUUGUAAUAUCAAUGGAUGGGAGUGAACAUGCGGAUUAUGCGUUUAAUUGGUAUAUGGAGCACUUACACAAACGAAAUCAUUACGUGAUAUUGCUACACGUGCCAGAACGACAUGCUUUCAUGGUUGGACCACUUGGAGGAACUGCGGAUGUGGAAUCUAUAAAGCUCAUGAUGCAGGAAGAAGAAGCGAAGGAAAAAGCUUUUCUGGAGAAACUCGCUCUAAAGCUCAAAAAUGGAGGUAUUGGUGGCAAGGUAAAAAGUGUAGCGGGAAAACCCGGCGAAGUAAUAUGUACAGUGGCGGAAGACGAGCACGCGCUUUUUAUCAUCUGUGGGUCACGUGGAAUAGGCAACUUCCGUCGGACGUUGCUAGGAAGCAUCAGUGACUACGUUCUACAUCAUUCCCACAUUCCCGUUUUUAUUUGUAAACAUAAGGACUUGCACAAGGAACAUGUAUCAUCCCCAUCUUUGAAAACAAAAAUCAUGAAUUCGCCUUUGUUCAGACGCAAGAAUAAGGAUUCGCCUAAGAAUUCCCCCAAAGUUGGGAGAAAGAAGACUGACUCCGAGUCAAAAGAAUAAUUAAAUUCGGUUGUAACAUUUUAUACAGUUACCUAUGUUUGUCAAUUCCCGUGCAAUAUCUACCGGAAUUUUGCCCAUGGUGUUUUUUCAAGGCUCUUUUUUUACGUUUUGAAUGAAAUAAAUACUAUUUUGACCUUCGAUGCUGAUCCCUGUGAUAUAGAGUACUGUAGUUAUUAAAAUCCAUAAGCCUGUCACAUGAUAUGUCUGUUUGUGUUUUAAAUUUUAUGAUAUACAUUUACUUCUUCAUUGACUACCACAGGAAAUCUUCUUCAUAGCCUCUUUUCUUAUCGUGCUUUUUAAGUGGCGUUAUUGUAAACACAGUAAACUAGAAAAUACAUUUAUCCGGGACUGUAAUAAUCAUAUGAGAGAUGCACACAUGUUAAGUGAUCAAUAUAAACUCUUUUGAUUGCAAUAAACACUUACUGUAGAAUG